AUGAAUGAAAGCAUGAAGUCCGAAAUUAAUGAUAUCAAAGUGAAACUUGUUGCUGAAGAUAAUAAUGAAUUGCGUACGUUAGAAAAAUCAAGAGUAGAAUUAUGCGAUGAAAUGAAAAAUUUCAAUACUGAAUUAAAAUCUUCCUGGUCUGAGGUCGUCAGUCGUGAAGUAAAAAAAAACAUCGAUGUAAUAAAUAUCGAGGUAAAGAAAAAUGUUGAUGUGAUAAAUACAGAGGUUAAAUGUUUGCAAAAAACAUUAAACGAAUCGGCUGAACAAAAGGAACGCGAGAAUAAUAUGAUGAUCUUCCGCUUGAAAGAAAGUGAUGCUGACAAAAAACACGUUUUGAAGAUCCUUAACCACCUUUCUGACGGUGUUAUAACUGACAAGAAUGUCAUCAAAUUAAUAAGAAUUUGUAAAAGAAGUGAACAUGUCAUUAGACCAAUAUUGCUAAAAUUUGAUGAUUUAAGACUCAAGGAUUUACUUUUUAAAAAUAUAGGUAAAAUGAAAACAAUUGGUGAUGAUCUCGCUCAGGGCAGGAAAGAUAUAGCAAUAAUAGGUGGUAGAUUGGGCGCUGGAUCGAAUAUAAGUACAUUGGUUUUUAAUAAUUGUAACUUAAAGCAUAAAGAUAAUUAUGGCAUCUCAAAUGAUUUUGUGAUUUUUGGUUUAUUAAAUAUUAGGUCAUUGGUUGGGAAAGUUGAUAGUAUUUAUGAAUUGAUUUACAGUGGUAUGGAUGUUUUGGUGUUAGUGGAGACAUGGCAUGGGUUGGCUGGUGAUGUUGCAGUUGGGUUGGCCAAGCCACCUGGUUUCUCCUUUGUCGAUUUUGUAAGACCGCAUGAUCCUGCACACGGGGGUUUGGUUAUUUAUUUCCGAUCCACUUUUGGUUGUAAUAAAAUAACUCUGCCGGUGUUCACUACUUUUGAGGCCAUUGCAAUAAAGUUAAAAAUAGAACAAUAUAAUUUCAUAUUGCUAUCCAUAUACAGACCUGGUUCAGCACAAAUAUCUAUGUCAUUUUUUAACGAACUUAUAUCAGUAUUAGAACACAUUACAAUGAUGAACUCGAAUAUUAUCUUGAUGGGUGACUUUAAUGUUCAUGUGGAGAGAAUGGAUGACCCUCAUACAAUACGUUUGUUAGAAAUAUUUGAUAUGUUUGAUCUGGUCAACCAUGUGAAAGGCAAAACUCAUUCUCAUGGUGGUACACUGGAUCUUAUUGUCAGCUCCCGUAGUUUUCCUGUUGCUGAGAUAUCGAUUCAUCCCAGUGAAGUAUACUCCGACCAUGGUUGUAUAGUAGCAAAAAUAACGAUUCCUCGAUCAUGCGGUAAUUUUGUAAAGAAAUUGGCUCGAUCAUGGAAAGAUCUAGAUGAAGAUCAGUUCAAAGAAAGCAUCUUAAAAUCGGCUAUUGCGGGUACAUGUUAG